AUGAAAGCUUGUGCUCGCACUUAUCUUUGGUGGUCUGGCUUGGACGCCGAGAUCGAGACAACUGCCAAGUCAUGCGACCAGUGCCAGGGCACACAGAACGAUCCAAAAAAGGCUCCAGUUCCAAAUUGGAUGCAGCCAACGACACCAUGGCACACAUUGCACGUGGACUUCGCAGGUCCGGUAGAGGGACCUAUUUUUUUGGUUGUUGUCGACGCUUUCAUCAAGUGGGUGGAGGUGCGACCAAUGAACAGCCCGACGUCAACAGCAGUCAUUAGUGUGCUGCGCUCUUUGUUUGCUACGUUUGGCAUACCAGUUGUGUCGGACAACGGGGCUGCAUUUGUGUCUCUCGAGAUUCAAGACUUGUACCAGACCAAUGGCAUUCGAAGCGAAACGUCAGCCCCUUACCACCCUGCUACAAAUGGGCAAGCAGAACGUUAUGUUAAGAACUGA